AGGAGAAAAAUCAAAGUCUGGUUCUCUUUUAGCUGACGUUCCCGGCUGUCUGGUUCGUCGAUAGUUGUCGCAGCGUCGCAUUUCGUUGCCACCCAGAAAUAGUCGCAAGGAUGGUCCGUCUGGGCAAGAUCUACCCGAUUAAAAUUCCGAAGGAGGUUGCGAUUCGCAAUGGGAAGCUGUCCUUGUUCCAGCUCGGCAUCCAGGUGUUGGUCGUAUCGCUGUUGCUGUGGCAGUUCAUCAAGGAGCGGAUGUACUACGUGGUGCAGAUUCCGCAGGGCUUUCCAAACGCCUGGGUGGGCGGCUCGGGGAACGCGGAUGCCUCGGCGGUGAGCACGGACUACAACUCGGACAUCUGCCGCGACAACCAGUCCUUCCUGUACAAGUACUCCGCGGGCUGGACCCACGGGGCCUACCAGUGCCUGCAGACCCCCAAGGCGGAGGCCGGGUUCAAGAUCGGCAAGCGCGAGAUCUACUUCCCCACCUACUUCCGCGAAACCAUCGUGGAGACGGAAUCUGGGAGCACCUGCAGCUCCGCAUCGUUUUGCACGAGCUCUGUCAGCUGCAGCCACAACAGUCUCUCGCAAGCGCCGCUAUACAACUUCGGCCAGAAGUGCUUCGAGGACGCGACGGAAAACAAUGUCCCGGCGUGGAACGGCCCAGCUGGCUCGCAGUCCCCGUCGCACGCUCACCAGAACGUCCGAAAGUGCGCGUGUAACCAACAGUCGCACUACCUCGUCGCGGGUGUAUCGUCUAGGAAAAUGACAUUUGAGCACAUCUUCAAGGUACAGAAAUUGGAAUGUCUAUUGCACGUGGGCAAAUAAAAACGAGAUCAUGCAGAAGCGCAAGCGUCUGUGAUGCAUGAGAAGCAUGGACGCCAGGGCCAGCAUUGCAUUUUCAUUACAGUGCUCCGCAAGAAAUCAAUAUGGAACAACGUGAACAUCGAAUGCUGCAAAAACAUAUCAAAGCUACAGCACAUCAGGCAGAGCAAAGCACCAAAUAAAAACCUUUAGGUUACCGCCGCGGACACGGAGGUUUCUGGUUCCUCUGGAACCCCAAAAGCGGUUGCGGACGAGGAUGAGAACAAACUGCCGGUGGUGUCCAUUAUCAUGCGGAAAGACCAGGACGGUGCCUACUCCGAGUACGAUUGCUCCUACGUACAGGUGGGCGGCAAGCCCGGGCAGUGCCGGUUUUCGGAGACCGCGGGCGUCCCGAACCCCCCUACCCUGACGCUGCAAGACUGGGUGGCGGCCGCCAGUAACGGGGAUAUCGACCUGCAAAACGCGGACGCGCGCAACCCGUCUAUCGCCAGCAAUCAGGCGGGCUCGGGCUACGACGCACGGGCGCCCUACCGGCUCACGGGCGUGGAAGUCGUGGUUUCAAUCGAGUACGUCGGGCCGGCCUUUCACAACCGCAUUCCGGAUAUGAGAUGCUAUAUUCAUUUUUUUAUAGGUUCUUGCCACCCUCCUGUGGCCCCUCUGCAAGGAAUACGAAUAAAUUCGUAUUGCAAUAAACUCGUGUUGCAGAUCAAGAAACGCAUAGGACGCACACAGGCAUCACAAAUUUCUUGAGGGCGAGCAAGUGAUGGCAUCAAGUAACCUAUUUGUAUUUUCUCACCAUACUGGAUGACGUGGACUUGUCCGGCUUCGACAAUCACAUGGUUGCGCUCAUCAAAGUCAGCGUGAAUCAGGUAAAAUUUGUUUCGUCGUGUUGUAUGAUAAAGAGAGAAACAAAAAAUGCAAAUCAUCUUCUCUGUGUUCGACAAAUAUCAUACGAAAUUACUCCGACUCAUCGUUUCAUCAGGCGAUGUGGACCGGCCUCCCCCACUUGGCGUACGAGAACCCCACGACUUCGUACUUUAGCGACAGCAACUUCAACAAGGGCAAGUUCCGCGAGCGCUAUUACUACGGGAUUCGGUUUCUCUUUACCACGUCCACCUCCUCCGCCUACGGGGCCUUCUCCUGGACCGAUUUUCUGACCGGUAUGGCCGUGUUCAAGGUGUACUUCGGUGCCGCGGGCGCCAUCGUGGUGCUGUUCGCCCUGACCGCUCUCGGCCGGCUGUCCCUGCAGUACAAGCGCGCGACGCUGACGCCCCUGGACCUCGAGUACGAAGCGACAAGGGUGGCCCCGGCGCGGAUUCUGGUGGCGGUGUCGGCCUUCCAUGGCCUGUGUAAGAUUGUAGAGGACGAAAACCCGAAACUGCUUCUGACCGACGAAAAGGGGAACAGGGUACUGGAGUUGUGAUGUUUUUAUCUGGCAAUAAACUUCGUCCUGCAUAUCAUAUGUAGCCGACACACUAAAAGUAGUCAUGCUAUUUCUGCAUUUUUUCUUUUUGUUUUGCAUGGUUUUCUCAUUCUCUUAUCCUUUUCGUAAAAAUAAAAAUGCAACUAAAUCCAGGUCAUCCACGCCGCCUCUGUGAACUCUGAUGUUUUGAACAAGUGCUUUGGCAAGGUGUUCGGCUCGGGCAAGAUUACACUCGGCUCCGGCGGCAUCGAGGCUUUGAGCGAGGCGGUGCUGGCCACGCUGGGCGACGAACGCACCCUGGACGUGGAAAAAUUCGUGAACGCCUAUCUCGCCUGCGACUGCUUGGAUCUUACCGAGAUGCAGCAGGUACUUAAAGAGAACUUUCGUUAUCUUCACUUCUCUCCUGGCGUGCCCUUGAGCUUUUCAUUUCCGCUGCUCCUUCCUUCUCUUUGUCUGGUCUUUCUUGUUCUUUGUGAACAUACCAACAGCAUCUUCUUGUUCAAAGUUAAAACACAAAUCGCUAUAUGAUCCAGGUUUUCGACGAGGAUCGCAAGGUGGGUCGGUUGGAUAUGGCGUUCUCAACUGUUACAUCCUCAACUGUUACAUGGAUUUGUCAUGCAAGAACGGCAACAGUAAAAGAGGGGACCUAACGCGUCUUGCAUGACAGAUUUGGCACGGAUUCUCAGCCUGUUGGGCUCUUCGAGAAUUUGCCAUGCGAAGCAGCUUGAUCAUGUCGAUUCUGAUUGUCAUUUUGCAUGAGAAAUCGUGUAACAGUUGAGAAUGUAACAUUUGAGAACGUCAUAUUGGAGCAGUUUUUCUCGACGCCCCUGGAGAUCCCGUUCGCGUGCGAAAAUGUGAUGAACCGGAAGUCCAAUAAGGACUUGGAGGGGUCCAGUCAGGAAGCGUCGCCACGAGGACAGGCCCGCACAAUCCAGAUGCAGCAGCCGUAACUUCAUUGUCUUACGGCAAAAGACUUUGACUUGUGUUCGUUGGUAGAAAUAAAAAGAUUGUAAAGCUGCAUGCUUCUACCAGGAGCAAGCAGGCACAUGUCAUAAAAUUCUCCCGUAGAAAUCAUUGAGCACUCGCGACGAGGGGUGAUGUUGAAGCAAGACAAGUCACAACGAUUUUAUCCCCUUUCUACGCCUUUGAUGUUGCACAAAGAGGAUCAUUAUCGACCAGAGGAAGGCGGUCUGAUAAAGAAAAUGGGCGCUACCGUAGUGUACUUCUAGUAUCGGUUUGCAAAAUAAAAAGACAAGCGUUUUAGAAAAGAUAUAUUUGAACAUGUCUAAGUCUACCGGACCCCGAAUUUGAUUUUCCACUGACACCAUCGCCGUCACUGUCUCCUCUAAAGGGAUGGUGCUUUUUUACAACUCCUCUUCCCCCUUUUUUUGCUUACUUCAUCAAAUAAUCGCUAACUGUAAUUAUGCAAUUAGCAAACACAUGGUUUGUCGGAUGGUCUGUUUAUGUUUUAGGAGACGCAUCGGCAGCAUUAAUGUACGAUUUGGUUUUUCAACGAUUCACACCACACGACAUGAUGUCAUGAUGAAACAGGACUCUGAGCUGCACACCGUACAAGAAGUAGAAAUAGAACGUACAUGAACUAGCAUAGGUAAAAGGUAUUUUGGUUUCUCUCGCUUUGGACAUCGUGGCUUGACAAAAUGGUAAUUUUACGGAGCAGAUCAUGAAAUACGGAACAGGCUGUGUUGUAUCACAACCUUGAGCCGUGCUCUAGACGGAAAGAACGCGACGAGGAUAUUGAAAAAGCAUAUAGCUGCACGAUAUGCACAAAAUAUGAAUCCGCACCUUGUUCAAAGGAAU